CUAAGCGAUAAAGCUCAAUGGUAAUGGUGGUGUGUAGCAGCUGUAUGUUACGGCCGUUCCAAUCGCCGGUGGUCUCCUUAGCAGCGACAGAAUCACCAUCGUCAUCGUCUUCGUCUUCGUCUUCGUCGUCUUCAUCUUCAUUAUUUAAGAACAUCAGGCAUAAGCAUAAGCCUGGAUUUCAUCGUCCUAAAUCUCAACCACUGGUCAUCGAAACUACGCUUGCCGAGACUUCCAAGGAGGAUUCUAGUGUUCCAUCUCGACGCUUGAUUCUGCUUCGUCAUGCAAAAAGCUCAUGGGAGGAUCGCUCACUUAAAGACCAUGAUCGACCUCUGAAGAAAGCUGGAGAAGCUGAUGCUAUACAAGUCGCUUACAAGCUCCAACAGUUGGGUUGGAUUCCUGAGCUUAUUUUAUCAAGUGAUGCAACAAGAACAAGACAAACUCUUAAAAUCAUGCAGGAGCAUGUAGGGGCAUUCUUGGAAGCUGAGAUACAUUUCAUCUCAAGCUUUUAUUCUAUUGCAGCAAUGGAUGGGCAGACAACUGAUCAUCUUCAACAAGCAAUCUGUAAAUAUGCCAGAGAUGAGAUACUUACAGUUAUGUGUAUGGGACAUAAUAGAGGGUGGGAGGAGGCAGCCUCCACUUUAUCUGGGGCCUCCAUACAACUCAAGACUUGUAAUGCUGCGUUGCUUCAAGCUGCUGGAAAAUCAUGGGAAGAGGCAUUUCUUUUGGCGGGACAUGGUGGGUGGAAACUACAACAAUUAGUGAAGCCAAAUGGUGGCCCUUAGAUAUAGAAUGACUCUGUUAUGAUGAUAGUCUUGUGUUUUUCUUUUUUAAUAUUUUCUAAGAACGUAUAUAAAUUUAGAAUAAAUCAAAAAAUUUAAUUAAAAAGCAAAACGUCCAACUCAUAAUUAGUGUACACAUGGACAAAUAUAUGGUGGAGGAUAGAGCUAAAAUCUCCCAAUUGUGUGUUAUGUCAUCAUCAUACAACUGGUUUUGUGGGUUGUAUAGUUUAAAUUGAUAAUAGAAGGCAAGUUUAAUAUUGUAUUUGAUAAAAAGUUUAAUUGUAUGAAAGAUAUUAUAUAUUUUUUUUAUUUUUCCAGUUUAAA